GCUGCCUCUCACUUACACGUGGGGUUUCAGAGAUGCAAAAGAGCAAAGCACACGGAGUGGUCGUUCAUAAGUUAACCUAAAAAGGACUACGCGAGAUUGAUAUUAUUUGGAGGAACUUCGCAUUACGUUCCUGGCAUUUAAGGGAGGUCCUGGCGUAUAUAUGUGGGGAUUCUGAACUUGUUCGAUAUUUAUGUUUGGGUUUGGUGGUGGGGGGGGGGGGGUUUCUAACUAGGAUGCACAGAACGGAAAACAUCGAAAAUAUCCGUCACGGCUGAUCUUUCGGAAUGAAACUUGACUGUCAACUCUUAAUCUACUUGAAGUCAGUUGAGGAUCUUCGGAGUAUACCGUCCGGCAUUCCUGGUUACACGAGGAAUUUGUUCAUCACGGGUAACCAGAUUAGGCGGAUUGGUCCACAGGCAUUCAAGGGACUCGACAAUGUGACAACGUUAUCACUCAGCAACAACAGAAUAUGUGAGGUGGAGUCUCACACCUUCUCCACCCUCCGAAGCCUCAGAUCAUUGGACCUGAGCAGCAACCAGCUGGCAGUGAUCCACCCUGAGGCUUUCACAGUGCAGAGCCGCAUGCUGAGAGAGCUGAAUCUCAGCAGGGCGCUCUAUAACCACUCCUCCAUCACAGACCUGGCCACGUCUCUGCGCUGGAGCAGCCUUGAGGGUCUGCUCGGGUUGGACCUGUCCAGCAACGGCCUUGUCUACUUGCCCCCUCGCAUCUUCUCUCACCUGAGCAGCUUACGCCGUCUUCAGCUGGCCAACAACUCCAUAGUGUCGAUCUACAACGAGACCUUCUCCGGUCUGGAGUACCUCGAGGAGCUGGAUCUCAGCCUUAAUGCCCUUAAGACCUUCCGGGAAGAGGGGCUGUUAGAGUUGGAGCACCUUCCCAGGGCAAAACUGAACCUGGGACAGAAUCCCUACACCUGUACUUGUGGAAUCGAGCCCUUUGCAGCCUGGCUAAAUGUCUCACAGGGGAAAGUGGUGGAUGUGGAGCGCCUGAUCUGCAUGUUCCCCGUUGAUCUGCGCAACACGUCCCUGCUGACGGCGGCGAGGUUGAUUCUGGGGUGCCAUCGGGCAGGCGAGGGUGACAACCUGGCUCUGCAGACCUCCUAUGUCUUUUUAGGAAUUGUGCUGGGCUUUGUGGGACUCAUGUUCCUCUUUGUGCUUUACCUGAAUCGCAAAGGCAUUAAGAAGCGCAUUUAUGAUUUGCGUGACACUUGCAGAGAGGUGUGGGAGGGAUAUCAUUACCGUUAUGAAAUCGAUUCUGAUCCCAGGCUGGCGCAGGUCUCCACCACUGCAGAUGUGUGAUUUGGAUUCUUGUUAUGAGCUAAGCUCUUCCAAGCCAAGCUCCUCAUCUGAACUUGUUUUCUAGCACAUUUAUAUUGGGAGGAAAUCAUGUGUCUUGUAAAUACAUGGACAUGUUGCUAUUAAAGUAGUUAUUACAUAGGUUUUUUCUCUCAGUCUAUGAAAAGCAUGCACUGCCUUUUCACGUUUUCAGGAGCCAUCAUAACAAGCACACUGCACGCUCAGUUUCUGGCUUAUAAGUACAUCCCACCCUCCAACUUCAUUCAAAGUAUUGUCGCCCAGUGACAAGGCUAAGAUAGUGGAUUACCCCAUUAAAAUAAAGAUGCAUUCUCUCUGCUUUCAAAUGUUCACCACCUACAGAAUCAGAGUACAGCUAAGUGCCUUGGUCAAACAUAGAUCUCAGACAUCAUGACCACUAUGACAUUCUAUCCAGAUCUGAGGCUGCACAUUGCAGCCUUGAUAAGAAGUAACUUAUCAAUUGCACAUUGAUUUUUAAAGCUUUGGGAACUAUUCUAAUGCAUGCUGUUGCUGCAUGUUCCUCUGAGGUCUGUUGAGUGGUAAAGCUGCCCAGUGAUUACCAGGCUGAGCAGGCUGUUGGACUUCUCUGUCCACGUGCCCAUGGGGAGCCUGCUAAGAAUGUGGCGCCCUUUCUCCCCGAAUCAUUCCAGCAUGAGUAUAACCUCUUCUAAGCUCUCCGCGGAGCCGAGGAGAAAGACGCUUCCUUUGUGCAGGAUAAACCAAGGGAGGGAGAGAAAUGAAAAGUAGGAUCUUUUGGGAAAGGGAACCAGCUGUGGAAAUCUCUGGUCCCCUUUCUCUCUCUCUCUCUCUCUCUCUCUCUCUCUCUCUCUCUCUUUUUCGGAAGAAACUUUUGCUUUGUUUUUACUCCUCUCAUUUUUAUUGUCAGGCUGAUGAGAACCAGCCCUGGAAGAGGUUUCCUGAAGACAGCAGUGAGCCUGCUGGCUCUUUGAAGGCACAGCCUGGCUCAGCUCCUAGUACGCUCAGCAGAUUUUUCUGUUUAAGGGACUUUGUGGUGAUAAGAUACAGAUGAAACUGGAACGGCUAUGCUUAAGGGUUCCUUUCCUUUUUCUAAGUACAGACAUGUUCCCGAUGUGCUAGAGAUCAAUAGCAUGGACUUGGGCAUUAAGGUUUUGGACAUGUUUUUCAAAUCAGUGCCAGUGAGUAUGAUUAGUCUGACAUUUUUAAAUUAAUUACUUGGUCCAAGCGAUGCAUGUACAUGUAGAAAGGGUUUCCCUAAGGGUUUCCUUUAAUUCGCCAUGAAUUAAAUCACAAAGUUAAGGAAAUUCCUUAAAUCUGCUUUCCUAAAAGUGUCAUAGUAUAAAUGUUAUUAUAAGGUGUUAGUAUCAUUUUGUGUUGAAACCUUGACACAAAAUGUUAAUUUGUGUCUGUAAAAGGCAGUCAGGGAGCCUCUGCAGAAACCUUGUCUUCCAAAGUGGUUUGUUGUAGCUCUUUACUUGACUUUUACUGAAUAUUUCGGUAAAGAGAACAUAAUGAUGCUUACAGGUUGCCAAGUGCAAAAAUUCUUUACUGAAUUCUUCUACAUUUAUGAGGUAUCCAUGCAUGUCGUGCAUCAAAUAGACAAACUCAUUGGGCAG